AUGAUCGAAGGAAAGCCAGUCAAUAAAUACUCGGUCUAUAAUUUCAACGGCUACUCGGAUGGAAUCAUCAAGCAGUUACCCGAAAGAUUCCAGAUAGCAUUUCCUGCUGCUUUGACUCACCGAUCUGGUCUAUCCAAGACUUUUCUUAAUUUAUUGCGUCCUUUGGUUCAAAAUUCCGUUGGGCCGGGUAGAAUUUCCAAGAUUUUACGAGAGCUUCAUAUGUUUCAAUACGAUACAGUGAAGUACAUGUAUCUGAGCGCUGCCGUUGAAAAUAAAAAGAAUAAAUCAGGUCAGCUUACUCUCUCCAAUAUGUGGGGUAGAAACAACCAAAUACAACCAGUCAUUGAUGCACAAAUAACAGAGCUUGGUGGAAGAAUUCUUUCUGGCGAUCACAGUUUUAAGUUAUCUAAAAAAAUUAUGAAAAUCCCUGGAGGCCAAGCUGCAUUUCCAGCCUUAUAUACUGUGUGUAAUGAAUAUGGCGAUAUUCGAAUGAUGAUACUGGAUCCAACACAAUUAUUGGAACAUUUAAAAGACUCGUUUAAAAAGUUGAUCGUGUCCUAUGAGAUUAAUAAUAGAGUUGUUCCAAUUGUUGAUGGUGGCGAGGAUGAUACUUUUGUUAUCGAAUCUGACGAAUUAUUGCCACUUUUACUGCUACCAGCAAAUAUUUCGGCACAUGAUAUGCAAUUACCAGCCAGUGGAAUACUAACCGAUAACGAUCGCGUCUAUGUUGGAUUUGACAUUGAAUGGAGAGUGUUUGAUAGCAAUCGAAGACGGCAAAUUCCCGAAAGCGAAAAUGUCAUAAAACUCGGAAGAUCGGUUAAAAGUGACUUGGGCCAUUUGGAUGGUGAUUUCCACAUCAAUUGUCGAGGUGAUCAAGACGUUUUGGAUUUGUGCGUAGAAAAAGGAGCUGUAUGCCAUUCUAUUCAAUUGAGUCCUGAACAGAUCAAUUACGCUGCUUUGGAUGGUUGGAUUUCUUUGGAUCUGCGUAAUCGAUUAAAUUUGCUUCCAACCGUUAACAAGUCAAUUGAUGGAAACUCGUUGUCGGACGUGAAUGUCGCAAUAUAUUUCAGCUCUGCAUGUAGAGGAAAUCCUGUUGAGUUUGGAAUAGCGUUAUUUGAAAGCUCUGCCAUUGAUGAUCAUCAACAAUUGACAAGCUCGCAUGCUGAAAAUUGCACUGAAGACCAUUCUGGGGAUUUUUAG